AUGGAUGAACUUUUGUUGUAUCAGGACAUUAUGGUGGCAGGAACAGAAACUACGACAACGUUGAUAGAGUGGGCAAUGGCAGAGAUCAUGCAAAAUGAUGACAUAAUGAAAAAGGUUCAACAAGAAUUAGAAGAAAUCGUAGGACUUGACAACAUUGUCGAAGAAUCUCAUCUCCCCAAACUACAAUACCUAGAUGCAGCUAUUAAGGAAACAUUUUGGUUGCACACAGUAGUCCCUCUCAUACUCCCAUGGUCGCCAAGCCAGGAUUGUAUUGUAGGAGGAUACACCAUUUCAAAGGGUUGUACAGUGUUUCUGAAUGUUUGGGCAAUCCAUCGGAAUCCUUAA